CCCGCUCUUCAUUCACCUCCAAAGCCCCUUUUUUCCAUUUCUCUCUCUACUUUCUCUCUCUUCAUAUUGAGCAGCUAACGAGCGAGCAUGAGAAAAAUGGCUGUCACUAUGAAGCUCUGCAUUACUACUCUUCUCUGUUUUCUCACCGCCGUCAAUGCUAGAAUCCCCGGAGUUUACACCGGUGGCCCAUGGCAAAGCGCCCACGCCACCUUCUAUGGUGGCUCUGACGCAUCUGGCACUAUGGGUGGAGCUUGUGGAUAUGGUAAUCUGUACAGCCAAGGGUACGGAGUGAACAAUGCAGCGCUAAGCACAGCGCUAUUUAACAAUGGACUAAGCUGUGGAGCUUGCUUUGAGAUAAAGUGUGUUAACGAUGGGAAAUGGUGUCUUCCUGGAAAUCCAUCCAUUUUCGUGACGGCAACAAAUUUUUGCCCGCCGAACUUCGCUUUGCCUAACGAUGACGGCGGGUGGUGCAACCCUCCACGUCCUCAUUUCGAUCUCGCCAUGCCUAUGUUCCUCAAAAUCGGUCAGUACCGUGCCGGAAUUGUCCCCGUCACUUAUCGCCGAGUAGCAUGCAGAAAAGAAGGAGGGAUCCGAUUCACCAUAAACGGUUUCCGUUACUUCAACUUGUUAUUGGUAACAAACGUUGCGGGUGCAGGAGACAUACAAAAGGUCCUAAUUAAAGGAACAAACACACAGUGGAUAGCAAUGAGCCGUAACUGGGGGCAAAAUUGGCAAACUAAUUCACCUCUUGUGGGUCAAGCCCUUUCUAUUCGGGUUAAAGCUAGUGAUCAUCGUAGUGUCACUACUUUCAACGUGGCACCAUCUAAUUGGCAGUUUGGACAAACCUUUGAAGGCAAGAAUUUCCGGGUUUAGAUCCAUAACCCACUAUCACUGACCCAACCCGACCCAAAAACAGAAUUACUUACAAGUUAUAUAACCACAAACAAAUGAUUUUUCCUGGAUUUCAUUUGUUUCUCUUUUUUACUGGGAAAGUAUUGAAGUCUAUGGGGAAUUAGUAUCUUUUUUUACUUUUAUUAUAAACUUUAUGGGGAAUUGUUUUUUUUUAUUUUUAUAACUUUAGUAUCUUUUUUAUUUUACAUUUUGUGUUAUGAAGUGGGUUGAAGCGGCUGCAAAGGCACCCAAAAAAGAUUAGGGUAAAAGCAUGUAGCCCGCAGCUCUGUUUGGUAUGUUUUAUUUUGUUUUUCUACUAAAUUCGAAUCAUGUACCCCAGAUUUCAUUUGGGAGUUGGGGUGUAAUAGACAUCAUGUAUUUCCUAUGAAUGAACACCAAAGAUAUAAUAUAUAUACUUUUCUGUUUUAUAUAAA